ACGAUAAAGAUCGCAACUUUUGGUAUCUGACAAAAAAAAAGCCUUGCCCCUACCGGAAGUAGCGUGACGUAGACAAUUGAACAUAUCCGCAAAGCUCCCUAUUGUUUGCAAUGAUGGCCGCCAGAUCUGAGAGCGAUUCUGACCGAGAUAGCGACGAUUUCUCCAUUAAUUUGAGCGAGGAUGAAAGAUUUGUGGAUGAGGAAAGUGCAAGUGAAGGACUAGUGGGGAGUGGAAGCGAUUCAGAUAGGGAAGAAGCUGUGAGAGGGAUAGAGCCAUACCGCUUUGAACCCGACGCUGAUGAAGACGGUCAGGAGGACGCUGCUGCUAUUGAUGCUGGAGGAGCACACGACAUAGAUCGCCUUGAGAAUACAGAAUGGUGUACAUGUCAAAACUGUGUGAACAUGGAGACAGUGGCUGAGUGUGUCUGCUGUAGUGAAAUAGAGGCAGUGACCAGAACGAUGGAGGAGGAGGGGGUGAAGACGUGCAUCAUAGACCACCAUGGCUUUCCAUCUGUGUGUCUGGAUGAAUGGGUGCUGCAGACAGCGUAUAACGCCUACAAACAGCAAUAUGGCGUGCUGCAGCAACAGCAAAAUGAACAAUAGAUCAGAUCAUGGACAGUACGACUACGGCAUCAGUGGCGGAUGCGGUGGAUGAACCAAUGGCAAUGGCACUAGAUUUGCCUGAUGAGGAGGGCGAUCAAGAUCAGGGAAAUACAAGAGAACAAGGAUGCCAGACGGACUGGGUACCGAUUGGGACAGCACCAACAGCAAUGACCAGUAGCAAGAGCACCCAAACAGGGAAAAUACAUCAUAGAUCAAAGGGACACCAGGUGACCCCAGAUAUCCUCGAGAGGGUUAGAGCUCGGCCGGCCAGGGUUAGUGAAGUCCCAUUGUCAAGUGUAGCAGCUCCAUCUGACAGCCCCGAGAUGCAGACUAACAUAGCAGCUCCAGGUGUGUCUGGAAUGCAAGCCAAGCUACGACCACCUCCUGCAUUGUUUGAUGAAGGACCAGCAUCAAGUCCCACUGCGCCUUUUGUUGGUGGUUCUUCCGAUGACAGCUAUGUGCCGAGUGAGUCAAUGACAUCGGAUCCGUGUCAAUCUGACGGGUCGCCAGAUCGCCCAUGUACUCACCAGAUGCAUGAAGAGGGCUGCCACAAGGAACCGAAGUACAUCAUCUUUGAGUCGUGCCUCCAGAGUCUCGUCAAGUGGUGUCACUGUCCAGUCUGUGGCAGCCAGGACAUAAGCCCUUCUUGGGAUUCGAACGGUACACAGCUGACCAUGACUCUUCAAUGUGCAUCAUGUGACCAGAGGAGUAGUUGGAGCAGCCAGCCAAACAUUGGCCCUUAUGCCGCGGGCAACAUCCUGCUGUCUGCUGGCAUCCUCUUCGCUGGGGCAUCUUCUGGCAAGGUGUUGCAAGUGCUGAACAGCAUCGGAGUGGUCACGUAUGUGAAGAGGACAUUUUUCAACCACCAGGAGCUCAUCCUGCAGCCAGCCAUCAAAAAGGUGUGGGAGGAACAGCAACGGACGCACCUCACCAUGCUGCAGGUGGAAGGCCGACCCCUCGUCCUUGGUGGUGAUGGGCGAGCAGACAGUCCGGGACACAGCGCCAAGUUCGGUACCUACACCACAAUGGAGCUUGUGGCCAAUGUGGUUCUCGACCUUCAGGUUGUACAGAGCAACGAAUGUCUUGGCAGCUACCAUAUGGAGAUGGAAGGACUGAAGAGGAUGGUGGAACUGCUGAUCAGCUGGGACCUGGAUGUCGGGGUGCUGGUGACAGACAGACACAGACAGAUCGCUAAAUGGAUUCGUGAAAACAUGCCCAAUACACGGCACUGCUAUGACAUCUGGCAUGUUGCAAAAUCCAUCGGAAAGAAACUGAAGGCCAUCGCCAAGCAUAAGGACUGUGAAGACCUGAAGCCCUGGGUGCAAAGUAUAAUCAACCACCUCUACUGGGCAGCAGUGUCUACACCGCCUGGAGAGGGGGAACUUCUGGUUGCCAAGUGGAAGUCUGUGGAGCGACACAUUCAGAACAUCCACAAGGACCAUGGCGACCUCUUCCCAAUUUGUACUCAUGGACAACUGCAACGGCAAAAGAAAUGGCUCAAACAAAGUUCACGCUCAGCAGUGAAACUGGAGGAGGUGGUCAACAACAAGUCCCUGCUAAAAGAUAUCGCCAUGCUGUCGGGUGAACACCAGACUUCCAAGGUGGAGGCGUUCCAUAGCCUUGUCAUACAGUUCGCACCGAAAAUGUAUGUCUUCUCAUACAUCGGAAUGCUGUGCAGGAACCUGCUUGCUGGGCUGCACUGGAACGAAAAUUCGAGCCGCCCUAUAGCCACUACACAAGCGGGUGCUGAGCGCUAUGCAGUACGCUACCCGAAGUAUAAAGCAGGGGGCCAUGUGGUCAAGAAAAUCGCGACAGAGCCAACAUACCGCUACGUAGAUGACUUGAUCAGGGAGGUUGUUGCUGGCUGCAGACAGACCCCUGACGAGAGAACACCACUCAGCGUCACUGUGGAUGUGCCUCCCUUCCUCUGCGAUGAACUGGAGAAGCCAGACAAGGAGGAAGCCAUCGCCAAGCACAGGAGUCGCUUCGGUAAGUGUGAAAUGCCCUCCCGGUAACAGUUAGAGAUGCUACCUCAGUAGAAGCAUUUAAGUCCCAUCUUAAAACUCAUUUGUAUACUCUAGCCUUUAAAUAGACCCCCUUUUUAGACCAGUUGAUCUGCCGUUUCUUUUCUUUUCUCCUCUGCCCCCCCCCCCACGUGGAGGGGUUAUUCCGGUGACCAUGGAUAAAGUGCUGGCUGUCCAGAGUUGGGACCCGGGGUAUACCGCUCGCCUGUGCAUCGGUUGGGGACAUCUGCGCUGCUGACCCGUCUCCGCUCGGGGUGGCCUCCUGCUGGCUCCACUGGACCCUCACUAAUAUGUUAGACCCACUCGACAUCCAUUGCUUUCGGUCUCCCCUAGAGGGGGGGGGUUACCCACAUAUGCGGUCCUCUCCAAGGUUUCUCAUAGUCAUUCACAUCGACGUCCUACUGGGGUGAGUUUUCCUUGCCCGUGUGUGGGCUCUGUACCGAGGAUGUCGUUGUGGCUUGUACAGCCCUUUGAGACAUUUGUGAUUUAGUGCUAUAUAAAUAAACAUUGAUUGAUUGACUGAU